UCCCUCUAAAAAAACCAAAAACAAAUAAACUGCUCGCUCCGGUCCGCCGCCUUCUUCCUCCGGCCAAGGACCACCCACCACGAUCCAGUCGACUGAUCCCGUCGCCAUUGCUGGCUUAUACUGGAGCUCCGCCCUCCCUAAAUCUUCAGAUCUCCCCCUCUCGGCCUCUUCCCCACUGCCUCAUGGAGAAACUUCAUCUGCUAGUUCUGGUUCUCUCCUUCCUUCUUGGGCUAGCUCUGUUAUACAUCUGUGAGAUCCUAUGGCUAAGGCCAGAGAGGGCAAGAAAGAGAUGGAGGAAGCAGGGUGUAAGGGGUCCCAGGCCUACUUUGCUCUCUGGCAACACCCAGGAGAUGAAGAGGAUCCGACAAGAUCUCCCGCCUGCGCAGAAGCAAGACAUCAAUAGCUACACACACACCAUCUUCCCUCACUUGCUUCUCUGGAGAGAAACAUAUGGGUCGGUAUUCCUCUAUUCAACAGGAGCUGUGGACAUUCUGUAUGUUUCUGACCCUGGCAUGGUGAAGGACGUAAUCCAUUGCACAUCAUCAGAGCUCGGGAGGCCUAUUUAUCUCCAGAAAUCUCGCAAAGCACUGUUCGGCGAUGGCAUCUUGAUGUCAAGUGGCGAUAUAUGGGCCUAUGAGAGGAAGGUCAUUGCACCGGAGCUCUUCAUGGAGAAGAUUAAGGUCAUGGUAGGACUAAUCGUGGAAGCUUCUGUCCCAUUGUUGGAAGCAUGGGAAAGCAUGCUCGACAACUCGGGAGGGGUUACAGAGAUAGAUGUUGAUGGAUAUAUGCGGAACUUCUCAGCAGAUGUAAUCGCGAGAGCAUGUUUUGGGAGUGAUUUCGCAACAGGUGAAGAAAUAUUCUCCAAGCUGAGGCAACUUCAGAAGGCGAUUUCUCAGCAAGAUACACUUGUUGGACUAUCUGCGCUGUGGAAAUAUUUACCAACCAAGAGCAAUAAAGAAAUGCGAGAGCUGCAGCGUGAAGUACGGUUACUCAUCCUUGAUAUUGCAAGCCGCGGAAACAGCAGCAACAGCAAUAACAGCAGCGGCUGCACGCACACUACCCACAAUGACCUUAUGCGCUCGAUUGUCGAUGGCGCUCACCAGUGCCCCAGCUACAAUGGCACCGCUGAGGACUUCAUCGUCGACAACUGCAAAAACAUCUACUUCGCUGGGCACGAGACCACGGCAAUCACCGCCACCUGGUGCCUGAUGUUACUCGCCACGCACCCGGAGUGGCAGGACCGUGCCCGUGCUGAGGCUCUAGAGGCGUGCUCUGGAGGCACAGCAAUCGAUUUCAACACCCUCCGACAACUGAAGACCAUCACCAUGGUGAUCCAGGAGACUAUGAGACUGUACCCUCCAGCGUCAUCGACGAUGCGCGAAGCCCUGAUGGACAUCAAGCUCGGUGGCCUUGACGUCCCGCAGGGAACAAUCAUCCAGACCCCCAUUGCGGUACUGCACCUUGAUAGGGACGUCUGGGGCCAGGAUGCUGGCGAGUUCCGGCCAGACCGGUUUGCGAACGGUGCUGCUGCGGCGUGCAAGCCGGGGCACAUGUAUCUGCCGUUUGGGCAUGGGCCAAGGAUCUGUCCAGGGCAGCACCUGGCGAUGGUGGAGCUGAAGGUGGUUCUCGUGCACCUGCUGAGCAAGUUUGCCUUCUCACCAUCACCAGGGUACAGGCACGCGCCGCUGUUCCGGCUCACCAUCGAGCCCGGGUUUGGCAUGCCGCUUGUGGUCACAAAGCUGCCAUGAUCUCUGGCUGUCAUCAUAGGGAGAAACACCGGAAGUUAACUCUCAUCGGUGUUGUAUCACUCGAUGUGACAUUGAGACCAGGGAGUCCCCUGUUGGUUCCUUGCAGCUGUGAUGGAUUCUCUGUACAUUUGGAAACUGGCAUUGAUUUGCCAAUAUAUAUGAAGCUACUGGUUCAGGUUUAA